CGUUGCGAGCAGGCUUCCCAGUGCUGAGCUGGCUUCAGCUAAAUGAGAUUAAAAACCUCAGCAGCAUUUUUAUAAAGAUCUUUUCUGACAGGUGAACUUGGGGUUUCCCUGCCUGCAUCACUUGACGUUGUGUAGUAUGACAACUUAAUCAUCUGUGUGAACCAGUACGGAGAGAAUUCAUAAAGGGAAUUUCCCUCGGAGCUAAAUAUAGUCACAACUGCCUUGUGGGAAGUCACACAUUUUUAAUUGUUCAUCAGAGGAUUUCUUGUAUCCUGAUCUUCUCCACACGUCAUUUUGGGGACCUGGGACAACAGACUGCUGGCCAGGAUGCACCCCUAGAGCCAGAAAGAAAGUUUCUCUAACAGAAAAAGUACAAAUUAUUUGUCUCCUGCUUCUGCCUUGGUUAGCUGGUGGCAUCAGAGGACUGAGGUGGUGACUAGCUGGCGUCUGCGGUCUUUGGCUGGAUGAACUGGCCACAUUGGUUUCCCCAAAAUUAAAUGAGAGUUGGCAGCUAGACAGCAACUCAUCUAGCUGCUGACCUCAAGGAUUUUGUUGUGCAGAUUCUGCUCACCGACGGGAAGUUUCACCGCCCAAGUUUUCUCCCAGCUCUCUCCUUGUCAGUGGGAUGGACAGGUGCUAAAUUCAGAGGGGCUCUGAGACGCUUCCCUCCCAGUAAAAGCGAAUUUUCCCCCUGAGCCGGAGGGUGGCAGUGGUGCAGAGAAGCCUCUCUCCACCUCGAAGGGUACUGCUAAGAAACUCUUACCAGGUCCCAGCUGUCUGCGGGGAGCUGCACCUUGCGCUCCUGCAUGUCUGUGAGCCCCUGUGGGAUGCUGCUGCCGACUCUUUCUUCCUCUGAUUCUUUUCUUGUUUUUUGUUUUUGUAAGUAAUGAGCAGUCCUUAUCUCCUGGUGAGCAGGAUUUGCUCUGCCCUGCCGCCAGGCUAUCUGAAGUGUGCCUGAGUGGAGCACUGAAACGGUAUCAGUAACCAAGAUAGACGUAUCUUCCAAAGUUGACAAAAGAGCCUGUGGAACGAACUGGAAGCAACAUAUGUGCAAUCUCCUGUAUUAAACUAUCUCCUUCUGGGAGCUGGUGGAAUGUUUCACUAUAAACUAUAAAGCAAAAAUGACAGCCAGGCUAAUUAAUGGGGAAGGGAUAAUAGAACAGGAAAAAGGGGUGGUGGUGGAAAAGAGACAACUUGAUUUUGUAAAGAAAAUCACCUUCCUUGUCACUUGUGCUGCUCUUUGGUGUUUGAUGUGCCCCUGCAGGAAAAUAAAUGCUCAUUUCUGACACUCCUAUAGUUCGUGAUGGUUGUUAGCAAGUUUGACUUUCUAGUAAAAUCUCCUUCCUUUACCAUUCCGUUUCUUUGUUUUAACAGAGUCAUAGGCUGAGGUUGGGCUUUUCUAAAACUGACAUUUAUGCUUGCAAAAAAGUGUCUUUUUCUCCUUUGCCCGGAGAAGUGUUUCACUUUGAAAUUUUUCUUUCUUUCUCUGAUUAUUCCCUCCACAAGGGAGUCUUGCCUGUCUUCCUGCUCUUUCACACACUGGUGUUAAGGCAGUGCUCCACAUCUCGUGGGAAAAGUCACUUCUUUUCAAUUUCUGUAUGAUAAAAUACAGCAUAGUUUUACAACUGUGCUGUCCUAUCUGGGGCUGAUGUCUUUCACUGUAUCUGAGUGUUUUUCUUUGAGUGCUGUAUUUUAACAGUUCACGCAGUUGAUUGUUUCCUCUUUUCCCUUUUCACAUGUCCUCGUUUAGUUUCUGUGUUUUCUGAUAGCACUUCCCCACAAAAGUCUGGUUUGCACCACUUCCUGGGAACUUUGCCUCCCCUCUGUAAUGCUGCUUUUGCCACAGGAUGUUCCCUGGUCCGUGUUUCUUGCACGGUCAGUGGUCUGCUUAUCUCAACCAGCUAGUUGGUUGGCUUGUUUUGGCACAAAACUCAGGUAGCUCAGCUAGUGGAUAAAUGGAAGCAGCGACAAGAGAUAGGGAGCAAAAAAUCUCAAUGGGCACACCUGCACCUACAGAGGAUGACUGUAAAUUUUGGCUUUUUUUUUUUUCUUGUUGCUUUUGGUUAUAAUCAGUUAUAUUUAAUUUAGUCUUUGCUCCUCAUUGCUGGACAACACUAAAUCUUUCCAGAAGAAGAAAGUGACCUUUGUGCCAUGGCAGCUUCUUGAGUGAGUCUUUAGCUCCCUGGUGUCUUUAGAGGAGUGAUCACAAGGAUGUCAGUCUGCUCCUGGGAUGUUCUUUGGAAGUUCAGUCAGGAGAGUUUUCUUUUGAAAGCAGCACUGCUUUACAGAUCAUUUGUUAUCAAGAAAAAGGACCUUGAGUUGAUGUUUUCUCUGACUCUGUAGUUACAGCGGAAAACUGGCUUGGGGGAUUGGUGUCAUAGUCAUGUAAAACAAGACACUUAUGGCUUUCUUCAAAGCCCACCACCGUGAGGGGAGGAUCUGUGAUGUCUGCGUUAAUCCUUGGGCAGGAGCUGGUGUCUGCUCAGGAGUUUGCUGUUCUAGGUUGUGGGUUUCCAUUGGUGCUUGUAUAGUAAACACCUAGCCUCAUCCAGGGAAGUGUCUGACAGUCACUGGAGGCAGAGCUGGGAAGCCAGAGCGUGGUUCUCAGCCAUGCCAGCUGCCAGGCGUGCUUUCCUGGCGACCCAGCCGCCUCCCCGAUGAAAGAAAAGACUUUCAGCUCCUCUCGCACUUCAAGACUCAGACCAGGCUUCUCCAAGCCGUGUGCUUCUGUACCUGUCCUUCAGGCACAGCGGUGAUGAACAUAUGCAUCGGUGCUCUGCCCGGUGUGAAGGGAAUUAGCCAUUGCGCACACACUCACUUGCUGAAUCGUGCAGAGCUGGAUCUCCUCACCUACAGCCCUUGUUAAUGAGCUGGGGGUUGCUGGUGCUGAGGCAGGAGUCCUGGACUGGCUCAAGCAUGUUCCUGUGGUAGUCUGGAGCUCAGGCAAAGGACUUGUUCUCCACGCCCCUAAGAUCCCAGCGUGGGAGCAGCUCUGGGAUGGGGAGGAAGUGCUGCACCCAGCUUGAGAUUUGAAGAGCACUGGAUUUCUCCACUUGACUGCAGAGAGACUGGGAGCUACUGCCUUGAGCACAUGCUGCACUGUGAGCCCACUGUGAGCAGGUUUCCUGCCUCCAUGGGCAGAGUCUGCCCACGCUCCUCCCUCAGAGCCGGUCAUUUCCCCUCCAUCAGCUCCCACUGGGGCCCCGCAGAUGUUGUAUGUUCACUUGUCAAAUCUCCAUCCAGCUCUGAUCUGCGUCUGUGGUGUGCUCUUUGACGUACGAGGCAACUUCUUACUCGCCCUGAGUGAGGAAGCUUCUGCUUCCCCACUGCGUGCGCGGUCGUGUCUGCAGUCAUGCUUCCAGGUGGUCACGAAGAUGCUGAGCUGCACAGGUUAACCCAAGAAGGAGCUCCUCCACAGAGGAGAGUGGUCCACAGAGAGGAGAAGCCAGGACUGACGCUCUGCAGAAAGGUUUGCUAUGCUGUUGGGGGCAUUCCCUACCAGAUGACAGGCAACGCCCUUGGGUUUUUCCUCCAAAUCUUCCUGUUGGAUGUUGUGCAGCUGGAUCCAUUCCAUGCCUCUCUGAUCAUUUUCCUUGGAAGAGCUUGGGACGCAGUUACUGACCCUGCUAUUGGCUUCCUGGUCAGCAAGAGCCCAAGGACAAAAUAUGGCAAGCUGGUCCCAUGGAUCGCAUGCUCCAUGCCAUUCGGGGUGCUCUGCUACUGCAUGAUGUGGUUCACCCUCUCGGAUGCCACCCCCACCUCCCUGAAAUUCCUGUGGCACCUGUUCAUGUACAGCUUCUUCCAGACUUGCAUGACUUGCCACCACGUGCCAUACUCCUCCUUGACAAUGUUCCUGGGAGGAACCCAGAGAGACCGUGACUCGGCCACUGCCUACAGAAUGGGGAUGGAAGUGUUCAGCACACUCCUUGGGUCAGGAAUCCAGGGGCAGAUUGUGGGCAGAUACCAUGCCCACACGAUGAACAGCUGUUACGUAUCAAACGAGACCCUGCACAACACCAGCAUCUACAGCCUCACCGAUUCUCUGGAGAACACGCGUAGGGCCUAUGUGUUUGCAUCCCUGGCCCUGGGCUCAAUCUAUUGCCUGUCCUGUCUGAUUCUCAUCUUUGGAGUCAGGGAGCAGCCUGGACCCCUCAGCCCCCUGGGGAAGGUUGAGCUGCCCUUUGCCAGCUGCUUGAGGAUGAUCAUGGGACACAAGCCCUACACCCAGCUGCUGUGUGGCUUCCUCUUUGCAUCCCUGGCCUUCCAGAUCACACAGGGGAUCUUUGCCUUCUUCUGUACUCAUGCCGCGGGGCUGGCAGGGAAGUUCCAGCAUUUAGUGCUUAUCAUGUUGGUCACAGCUUCCCUCUCUAUUCCCUUUUGGCAGUGUUUUUUGAGGAGAUUUGGGAAGAAAACAGCAGCAUCACUGGGCCUGGUGCUGAUGAUCCCAGCCCUGGUAGCUGUCACCCAGGUGAUGCACAACUUCCUGGCCUUCGUCUUCCUGGUGAUCAUGGCAGGCUGCAGCAUGGCUGUGCUCUACCUUUUACCGUGGUCCAUGCUGCCAGAUACGGUGGAUGACUUCAUGCUGAGGAACCCCAGCUGCCUCAACCUGGAGGCUCUCUUCUACUCGUUUUAUGUCUUCUUCAACAAGUUUGCAGGUGGCCUUGCUGUGGGGAUAUCAACGCUGAGUUUACAGAAAACCAUUCUCCCCUUUAGUUUUGCAGGUUACCAUGUUGGAGACUGCACAUACAACCCCUCAGUCAUCCUCACCUUGCAGCUGCUCAUGGCCCCAGUCCCCAUAAGCCUGCUGCUCAUUGCCAUAGUCAUCUUCUGCCUUCAUCCCAUCAAUGAGGAGAGGAGGAAGCAGAUGAGAAUGGAGAUGGAGACAAUGGGCGUGAAGGAUGUCCCUUGGGAUUGCCUGACUAAGCCCACAGCCAGGUGUUGGGAUGCACUGCCCUCUGCCACCACGCUGCUUUCAGCCUUGCUGCCCAUGGAUUUAUGAACGAGCAAGUGCCUUUGAACAUCAAGGAAACGCUCUGAUUGCUGAGAGCUUAAAGCCCUGCAGAAGGCAUGAAUUGUCUUCAAAGGCAUGUGCUCCUCAGGACAGAGGAGCGGGCUUGAUCUGGAGCUUCCAGCCUGUAGCACGGGCUGUGAACGGGCCAUGGGCCACUGCAGAGCAAGACCUGACCUGGUGCAAAGCAGGGAGCUGCUGCUGGCGUGCGUGGUGCCUGCCAACCCUGAUGCCGCCCGGGGUGGUGCUGCUGUGUAUCAAACAAUGUCCCACUUAUUUUUUACAGUAUUAAAUCUGAACGGUCAUGCUU